UGCCAUGACUGAAGCCUUGCCAGCCCUCAAAAGCUCUGAGUUCCAGGAGAACAAAGAGUUUUCCCAGGUCUGGGUGAAUGCCACGGCUGAGUGGCAGAAGAGGGGGUCAUAUUCAUCCACUCUAACUAAAGACCAAGCCAUUGCCCUUAUGGCCUACACAAUGAAGGACGUGUACGAGGGGUUCAAUAAAGCCGUGCGAACAGCUGGAAACUCCAGCCAGGAAUACCGGGACAACUUCCACUUCAAAACACUGCAUUUCCUGCUGACCCAGGCCCUCCAGAAGCUGAGAGACCCUAAUGAGUGUCUGGACGUGUUCCGAGGGGUGAAUAUCUACCAGUUUGAGGUGAAGACUGGCGAUAAAGUCCGCUUUGGUCAAUUUGCUUCAGCGUCGCAGAGCAAAGAGGUCACCCAGGGUUAUGGCACAGACACGAGAUUCAAGGUGCACACAUGCCAUGGUGUGGACAUCCACAACUUCUCCUUCAAGCAACAUGAGAAGGAGGUGCUGAUCCCACCCUUUGAGACCUUUGAGGUCACUGAUGUCCACACAGAAGGAAGCACGUUGAACAUUGGGCUUCGCUCCACUGGGAACUUCAGCAACUACAACUGCGAGUGGCUGCGAGGUGGGAGUCUCCCCAGGAACUCUCCCGACUUUGGAGGAGUUCUCCUGGCUACCGUGGCCAUGGCAGUGGCCAUUGGAACCUUCUAAGCCAUGAGACCACCAAGGUCACUGUGGAAGGCCACCUGGAUCCCCAGAGAAACGAGGCCACCAAGGCUACCGAGGCUAUUAUGACGACUAUGGUGCCUUUGUCCACUGUGAACACUGUGGCCGUUAUUGCCACUGUGGCCAUAGUGACCAUUAUUGCCAGUGUGGCCAUCAUGGUCACUGUAACGAUGUGUCCAUCCUGGAAAAGCCCCUCGGAGAGCUGCUCAGCAAGGGAGCAGUGCCAGGGCACCAGGACCAGCACAGAGGAGCUGGAGCAACCAGGACAGCGCAGAACAGCAGAGACAGCAGAGACUGGGCUGCACCUGGGGCCACUUGGGCACUUCCUGAUAGAGGGGCUUGGGAGUACCAAAGUCACAGCCACCUUCUAACGCUCCUUAACUGCCUCGCCUCAUUUAUCAAUAAAUUGCUGCUUGCUCACCUUGUGUAUCAAAAAUGUAUCAAAAACUUGAUCCUUGCUCCCCUGGCGUACCAAAUGUUUAUCAGAAAUCUGAUCCUUGCUUUGUCUCAGUAUCAAAACCUUACUAAAAUUUGCUGCUGGCUCACCUGAUGUAUCUCUACAGCUCCUUUAACGCCUUUCCUGCAGGGAACCUCAUUUCCUAAAAUAAAGCAGUUCCUGCAGUUUUUGUUAG